GACAAUGCAUGUGAAAGAACUUCGUUUGCAUUUUUGCGACAAGAAUUGCCUGUAAGGCUCGCCAAUAUUCUGAAGGAGAUUGAUAUCCUCCCUGAUCGAUUAGUAAAUACCUCUUCAGUACAGUUGGUUAAAAGCUGGUACAUCCAGAGCCUGAUGGAUUUGGUGGAAUUCCAUGAGAAAAGUCCGGAUGACCAGAAAGCUUUGUCAGACUUUGUAGAUACACUCGUCAAAGUUCGAAAUAGACACCAUAAUGUGGUCCCUACGAUGGCACAAGGAAUCAUAGAGUAUAAAGAUGGCUGCACAGUUGAUCCAGUCACCAACCAAAAUCUUCAGUACUUUUUGGAUCGAUUUUACAUGAACCGCAUUUCUACUCGGAUGCUGAUGAACCAGCAUAUUCUUAUAUUUAGUGAUUCACAGACAGGAAACCCAAGCCACAUUGGAAGCAUUGAUCCAAACUGUGAUGUAGCAGCUGUGGUCCAAGAUGCGUUUGAGUGUUCAAGGAUGCUCUGUGAUCAGUAUUAUUUAACAUCUCCAGAACUAAAGCUCACGCAAGUGAAUGGAAAACAUCCAGACCAACCAAUUCAUAUCGUGUAUGUUCCUUCUCACCUUCAUCACAUGCUCUUCGAACUGUUUAAGAAUGCGAUGAGGGCCACAGUCGAACACCAGGAAAACUGGCCUUCUCUCACCCCCAUCGAGGUGAUUGUUGUCUUGGGGAAAGAAGACCUUACCAUCAAGAUUUCAGACAGAGGAGGUGGUGUUCCCCUGAGAAUUAUCGACCGUCUCUUCAGUUACACGUACUCCACUGCACCCACGCCUGUGAUGGAUAACUCCCGGAACGCUCCUCUGGCUGGAUUUGGUUAUGGCUUGCCAAUUUCUCGUCUCUAUGCCAAGUACUUCCAAGGAGAUCUGAGUCUCUACUCUUUAUCAGGAUAUGGAACAGAUGCUGUCAUCUACUUAAAGGCCUUGUCUUCUGAGUCUAUAGAGAAACUCCCGGUCUUUAACAAGUCAGCCUUCAAACAUUAUCAGAUGAGCUCCGAGGCUGACGACUGGUGCAUCCCAAGCAGGGAACCAAAGAACUUGGCAAAAGAAAAAGUCGCCAUGUGAAGAGGGACACUCCGGACAGUUGAUGGGAUCAAAGUGGGUCUGCACCAGGGCUGCUUCCUGAAUGUUUGUAUGUGAACUCUUGUUUCCUCAAGACAAUUGGCAGCAACAGGAGCUCCUUGAUCAGAACAUCCAUCCUGUGAGGACAGAACUCAUUUCUGUGACAGGGAGAAGACAGCGCAGGACCACAGAGUCAACAGAUGGCCAGCUCUUUGUUGUUGUUGUUUUUAACGUAGAAUAACUCACGAGUUUAUAUCAAAUUCUGAAGAGAAAGUUAGCUUCAGUUGCCCCUCUUUUUAUCAACAAGAGUGGGAAAGAGAGAGACCAUGGAGGUUAGCCGUUCCAGUAGACCAAUAUUUGAGGCUUCUUGUUGAUAUCAAAGGAGAGCAGUAUUGAUGUUCAUUGCAUGCUAAGGGUUGAUACACCAGCAUUUUCCUGUUGUGUGAAGGAUCAGAGCUUAGUUGACAACACAUGAUUCAAAAUGUAUGUAAAUGUACAUUUCAUAUAUAUUUAUGUGCUCUAGAAGGAACAAGCUGGUGACUAAAACAACGUUCGUGUUGAAUGAGGAAGUAUGAGUCAAAAUGCUUUUAGUCAGAGUUGUAGACCAGGACUGCCUGUGUGACGCCUCAGAGUGCUGAUUUUCCUAUUUGCACUUCACACAGAAAGGGGAUACAUGUUCCCAGGGGCCUAGUCUUGGUGAGUUGUGGCUCAGUGUGCACUGAACUCAGGAUGUUGGGGUUGGAGAAAGAGAAGAAUCACGAACAUGGCAGGCAAUCAAAAUAUCUCUCACCUUGCCAUGUUUAUAAAUGAAGCAAUGGAUUGGAAAAACCAUCGUUUGGGAAAGAAAUCCUAUACUCAGCACCUAACUCAGUAGGAAGGGCUGUUCUCUGCCCUGAGAUAAUCAUCCAAAGACAUUCAUUUUCUAGGCUUAAAAAGAUGUAUUUUUGAUAUAUCUGAUUAUAUUUUCUACAUGCCAGUAUUCACACAUCUGCAAAAAACUUUUUCUCAAAUGGCUCAAAAAUGUUAGAACGUAAAUACUUUUUGGAGUAUUUUUUAAACAAAAUGACUUGGAAGUAAGAGGUUCUCGCACCAGAAUGCUUUCAUUUCAUGGAGCUAGUGAAUGAGAGCUGUGAUGUGCAUGGUGCUUUGGGAGAGUGAAGAUAUGAUACGCAUGCUGACAGACCAUUGGACAGGUUACUCUUCGAGAAGAAGAGAGAAAACAUGAAAGAAGCAAGGAAGGAAGGAGAGGAUGAAAGCAGAAGGCAGACUCCUUUCUAUUUUCCCCACAAAUUAUUUCAAAGAAUGAUCUAUAUUUUCAUGGCGAAAUUAUUGGCAGAAUGCUAAGUUGAUGACUUUCAAAGCAGUGUGGACUCUUUAAGAGAAUAGGAUUUUAUGAGGUAAUAAACUCUAACAUUUACACUGGCAUAUAGAAAGAAACUAGGAUUCUCUGCAAUAUAAAACGACCAGCCCUGUUGACAUGUGGGAUUUAAUGCUUGUUUCACUCUGUGGUGUCCAGUGCUGUGGUGCUCCUGGUGGUGGCAAAAGAGGCUCAGCUGUUUGUUUUGGAUUUCACAUUUUAUCAUUGGAAGUCCUGGACUGUGACUUUUCUUGGUGCUGGGACUCCGACUUAUGCACUUAGUGAUUACACAAAACUGUUUGCCAUAGGUUGUUUGUCAUUUCAGUUUUUUACUGACAUUUGAUCUAAACACUUCUGCAUGUAAUUAUGUGUAUUUACCAGAGAUUUAGAGCAGUUGAUUAAUUAAUUAACCCAAACACUGUGAACUAUCUUUAAAACACUAGAGAAAUAGCAGUGUCUCAAUAACAUCAACUGUGCAAAUGGAGUCCUAUAACAUAGGAAUAGUCUACACUGUUGAUAUUGAAAUCUAAGGAAGAGCUUCAGGGUUCUGGAGGUCAGAUGCUCAGUGUUCAGGCCCACUUUAAAUGAUUGAUGUAUACGUUGUGUUUUUGUCUUUAUGAUAUGUACAGAGAAAUGUGAUCAUUUUUAUAAUAAAUAUUUUUUAUUAUGAUAGUA